AUGGCGGGCAAGGUCUGCAUCUGCUGUGAAGCUCUCCAUGACGUAACAACCUGUCCCACGUUCCUCAGCAAGCCUGUGGACGAGAAAGCCAUCCUUGUCUCCAAGUCCGGAGCAUGCUUCUUCUGCCUGAGGAAAGGUCAUGCAGUCAGACAUUGUCGUUUUGCAAAACGAUGUAGCAUCGAGGGUUGCAAGAUGAAGCAUCACAGGCUGCUGCAUGGCAGCAAGAGGGUCGGAGUUCAGUCCAGUAGCCAGGUGCCAGGCUCUGAGCUGGACGGACAGCGAGUGGUUGCUGCCGCAUCUCUGGGAGGCAAGCCUGUAACAACUCUCCUGCAGGUGGUGCAGGUCACUAUUGUCGGCAAAGGUGGUAAGACCAGGAAGGUGUGUGCGCUCCUUGAUCCUGGCUCUCAGACGUCCCUGGUUGCAGAGGAUGUUGUUGAAGAACUUGGUCUGGAGGGAGAGCAGCAGACACUUCGGCUGCGAAACGUGGAAGGCAGUGGCUCCCAGCAGAGGACGAGGAGGUUGCAGUUGCAGCUGAUCACUGACGGAGAUGAAGGCUACGCAGUUGUAGUGCCGGAAGCCUUCUCAGUGAAGGAAAUCAAUCUGACGGUGCCUCACUUCCCAGUGAAGCACUGGCAUCAUGUCCAGGGCCUGAAGCUACCGGACUGCCGUGGACGGAAGGUAGAGCUCCUCUUAGGGGCUAACGUCAUCGAGGCAGUUCUCCAGCUGGAGGUGAGGACAGGAAACCCAGGGGAUCCUGUAGCAAUCAGGACUGUCUUCGGUUGGACGCUCACCGGAUCUGUCGCUGAGCUUGUUCCCAGACAGGUGCGAGAUGUGAUGUUGAUUCAUCGGGCCACUGAGGAAUCAGAUCUUUGUGAUGCUGUGAAGGAUUUCUGGGCUACUGAGUCGUUCGGCAGUAUGUUUGAAGGGCAAGUGUCUCGUUCACGUGAUGACAUCCGAGCGCAGGCUACUCUCAACGAGAUGACUAAGCUGCGAGAUGGUCACUAUGAGGUCGGAUUGCUGUGGAAGGAAGACGGCGUGAAGAUGCCUGACAACAGGAAGAUGGCCGAGAGAAGACUGCAAUCGUUGGAGAGGAGCCUGUCUCGUGACCCAGCAAAAGCUGCCGCUUAUGAAGACGUUCUGAUGGGCUAUGUGACGAAGAACUACGCCCGCAAAGUGUCACGGGAGGAGCUGGCCAGGCCCAGCGAAAGGAGAUGGCUGCUCCCCCAUCACGCGGUAAGCAACCCGAACAAGUCGAAAGUCCGCGUAGUGUUCGACGCCGCUGCCCGCUGUGAAGGAAUCUCCCUCAACGAUGCCCUCAUCACCGGCCCUGAUCUCCUGCAAAGUCUGGUUGGUGUUCUGAUCAGGUUCAGACAGGAGAGAGUGGCGCUCGUGGCCGAUGUGGAAGCAAUGUUCCACCAAGUGCGGGUGAGAGUGGAGGACCAGCCGGCGCUGAGCUUCUUGUGGCGGCACAUGGAUAGGAGCAGACCUCCAGAUACAUAUCAAAUGAUGGUCGUCAUAUUUGGCGCCCGAUGUAGCCCGACCCUGGCCAACUACGCUCUACGAAGAACGGCGGAGGACCACGAGGAGGACACAGAUGAGUCGAGAGCCACUGUUGAAUCUGUCAAGCGCAACUUCUACAUGGAUGACCUGCUCGUUUCGGUUCCAGAUGUAGAACAGGCGAGGAAGAUGCGUACGAACGUGACUGAGCUGGUGGCCAAGGGCGGUUUCCGUUUGACGAAGUGGACCACGAACAAACCAGAAGCUCUCCAAGGUGUCCCAGCUGAUGAAAUGAGUGCAUCCGGGCUCGACUUGGCGCAUCUCGGCCAGGGCACCCAGCGUGCACUAGGAUGCGUCUGGAGGCCUGGUAGCGAUGUUCUCGGCGUGAAGGUAACAGACAUGGACGUCCCAGCUACCAAGCGUGGCGUUCUAAGAAGACUGUCUAUGGUCUUCGACCCUAUUGGAAUCGUCUCUCCGUUUGUUCUCAGGGCCAAGCUGCUCGUCCAGCACCUCUGGAAGCUGAAGCUCGACUGGGACUGCCAGCUGAGCGGAGAAGAACUCCUGGCUUGGGAGAACUGGUUGUCGGAGAUGCCUCAUCUCGAGACCAUCGAGAUCCAGCGAUGCUACGCGGCUGAUGUUCCGCCGGAUGGUGAAGUCACAGGUCGAGAGCUACACAUCUUUUGUGACGCAUCCCAAAAGGCCUUUGGUGCAGUCGCAUACCUCAGGAUGUCAUGUGCCGACGGCACGAACACCACCUCCUUCAUCAUGUCACGGACUCGUCUCGCUCCCUUGAAGCAAUUGACAAUUGUUCGCCUUGAGCUGCAGGCUGCUGUGUUGGGGGUGAGGCUGGCCAACUUCGUCAAAGGAGAGCUCACGUGCAGUCUCGAUGAAAUCUUCCUGUGGACCGACAGCUCUGUGGUGCUGCGGUUCUUAAGAAACGAAAGUCGUCGGUUCCACACUUUCGUCGCCAACAGGAUCGCAGAAAUACAAGAUUCAUCAGAGACUGAGCAGUGGCACCAUGUUCCCGGUGAGCUCAAUCCAGCAGACGUUUGCUCUCGCGGGAUGUCAGGCCCGGACCUCCAGACAUGCUCACUGUGGUGGUCGGGCCCCGAGUUCUUGACCAAGGAUCGUGAAGAAUGGCCUCCGGAACGCGUCACGUCAACGCAAAGUGCAGAAGACGCAGAAAUGAAGACUCCAAAUGAAGCAGUAUUUGCAGCACAGAGCAGCGAGGGGCCACUGGUGGAUCCUUCCCGGUACUCAUCGUGGGUGAAGUAUAAGCGCACGGUGGCUUGGGUGCUGCGAUUCUGCGAGAACGCCAGGCGGAGUAAAGACAGCCGUGUAAGUGGAGCUCUUACGUCGGCUGAGGUCCAGUCAACUGAGGUUUUCGUCCUCAGAGAGCUCCAACGGGCGGCGUACCAUGCCGAACUGCAAGCUGUCGCCAGUGGAUCUCGGCUGCCGAAGGACAGCACGCUUCUCCAUCUCUCCCCGUAUGUCGACGAGCGGGGACUGCUCCGAGCGAGGGGACGUCUCCGUAAUGCCCCACUGGCUGAGACCUGUCGUCAUCCUCUCCUCAUCAGUAGGAACGAUGACGUGAUCAGACUGAUCGUCACCGAUGUCCACAGACGGGCACUGCACGCAGGUCUGGAGCAGACGCUCAGUGAACUGCGGCUUCACUACUGGAUACCCAAGGCAAGAUCAGUAACAAGAAAGCUCAUCUACAACUGUGCGUACUGCAGGAGGAGAAGUGCGCAGCCCCCGACUCCAAUGAUGGCGGACCUACCGGCGAGUCGGUUUGACAUGUCUCGACCGUUUGCAUGUGUUGGCCUUGACUACUGUGGCCCACUCCCCGUUCGGAAGUUCCGCAAGACCGAAAAGCGCUAUGUGCUGCUCAUCACCUGCCUGGCGACGCGUGCAUUGCACUUGGAGCUUGUGAGCUCAAUGGAUACAGAUGGGUUCCUCAUGGCCCUCCGGCGCUUCUUUGCCCGCCGGGGGCGUCCGCGUGUCAUUUGGUCAGAUAAUGGCACGAAUCUGGUCGCAGGUGAAAAGGAGCUCAGGAGUUGUCUGGAUGCGUGGAAUCAGGCACAGAUCACCGACGAACUUAGUCAGCGACACAUCGAGUGGCGUUUUAACCCUCCCACCGCCAGCCACAUGGGCGGUGUUUGGGAGAGGUUGGUGGCGAUGGUCAAACGCGCUUUGCGAGUGGUGUUGGGCAACCAGUGUGUCAGUGAGGACGUACUGCACACCGCGCUGGUGGAAGUAGAAUUCACCAUCAACAGUCGCCCACUCACUUACGUGAGUUCGGACAUCAAUGACCCUGAGCCUCUCACGCCCAACCAUUUCGUUCUGGGUAGCCCUCAGGCUGCCUUUCCUCCAGGGAUGUUCACUGAUGGUGAUGCGUUGGGUCGAGGGAAAUGGCGGCAAUCCCAGGUUCUGGCCAACCAGCUCUGGCGCCGCUGGCAGCGUGAAUACCUGCCCAUGCUCAUCCAGAGGAAGAAAUGGGUUCAUGAAGAUCGCGAUCUGCAAGUUGGAGAUAUCGUGCUCAUGGUCGAGCAGGGGUCACCACGAGGAUACUGGCCGCUGGCCAAGGUCACGGAAGUUUCUCCGGGAGAUGAUGGUCGUGUCCGGACUGUGACAGUGCAGACCUCCAGCGGAUCUACCUAUCGACGACCAGCGAACAAGAUAUGCUUUUUAGAAAGCUGCGUUCAGGGAAGAAACUGAGCAAACGGCCGUGAAAGCGAGGAUGAAAGUCAAGAAGAGUGAAAGUUCUGUUGCUAGGCGCUGUUUAUCCUAGCCCUAUUCAAGUACCGUCCUGCCCCCUGUCUUACCUGUUAAACAGUACCUCAUCCAUUGGCACUUACACGAUGCGCCCAGCGUACUGCUCGAUGCUCGACCUGGAGAAGCCUCGGGCUGCUGACGUACUGCAUGGCCGCGUCCUGGAGCUGAGGGGUGGCGGCGUGCUGCGCUGGACCUGUGAUCGGCUGUGUGCUCGGGACUGGUUCCGAGACCUGGCCCGCCACCGACGGGGUCUCCCGAGCUCUGGCCGCUGAGCGGAGGAUGCGAGGCUGGGGAGAGGCGACGUCUGCCUGGCGCGGACGACUGCGUGAGCUGCUCGGGCGAACGCUGAGUGGAGAGGUGUAGCGGAUGAUGGACUCUAUAGUUUUGCGCACGGUUUCGGCGUUACGGUUCGCCGGCGCGGUGCGUCUGUACGAUAUCUGAGUGACUGGCCGGAGAACGGGCAGGUGACAGUGCAUGGAGGCUGAGUGCUGGAUGCUGAAGCUGCUGUGCGAUAUCUGCUUUUCUCUGAAAUGUGCAGUGCUUGACGCGUGCGUUCGUGCGUAUUUUGAGUUAAUGUGUCUAGCGUAAGUUUUCGGCGGUCAUUGAGCUGAACGCUGAAUAAUCAACGAUGGUCGCUCCAGUUAGUGUUCUCCUCAGGCCUAGGAUAAGCACUGGGGGGAGUGUUGCGACCACCGAGUCUUACUGAGGUUUCUCUUUUCUCAGGUCUUGCACUGACAGACAUGUAUAAAUAUUAACCGUGUGUGCCUGAACUGACAAGCUGGCAUGAUGAGAUGGCAUGCUGAGACUGCUAUGCUGAGACUGGCAUGAACUGGGAGCGGAAACUUCGAAACCCCACUUUGCUGCAUGCGCGCAAGGCUGUGUUUUGUGCCAUUCCUUCUGUUUCUAUCUUUUUCCUUUGUUUGCCUUUCAAUGUAUCCUUCCCUUUACGUCUUUCAUUUUUGUGUACAAUAAAGCGUUCAACGUA